AUGUCUCAAGAGCAAGCAGUCCAUCACCCCAACUCGACUUCCUCCAAAACCGGCACCUUCUACUUCGCUUAUGGAUCCAACCUCUCAGCAUACCAGAUGUCGCUUCGGCUACCGCACUCGCCCUCUUCUAGCGAACCCGUGGGCAUCGCGCGCCUAGACUCACACGCCUGGAUCAUCUGCGAACGCGGUUACGCCAACGUGGUCGCCCUUCCCGAAUCCAACGCCGCAUCGGACCACAACACGGUAUGGGGCGUGGUGUACAACAUGCAUCCUGUGGACGAGGCUCGGCUGGACAUGUACGAAGGCCAUAACGAGGCGAGAAACCCGAAGCCGGAAAUCAACCCGGACCCGGAGACGCAGGUGGUCAAGCAGUACUUGCAGGGCGGCUGGGAUUAUAACAAGCACUACUUGCCCAUCACCGUGACGAAGUGGUUGAAGGAUCCGGCAGAGUACGGCAUCAGCAUGUCUUCCAGCUCGAACUCGUCUUCUUCUGACAUGGUCAAUGGCGCCGACACGAUGGGAUCGUAUCCACCCACCACGAUCCGGGCCCUAGUGUAUGUUGACGAGUUCCGCACCACCCCUGGCAAAAUUGUGCAAGAGUACAUCGGACGGAUGAAUAGGGGGAUCGACGAGUCGGUCAAACUCGGCCUCCCUCACAACUGGGUGAAGAAUAUCAUGAGGAGAUUCAUCCCAGAGGGGAUCUAUGUCGACGAGGAAGGGUACGUGGGCACAGACGAGGGGUAUGUCGAGGCCGAGGCGACAGAAGCUGACGAUCAUUUGAAGGAGAAGAUGCUCAAGGGCACAAAAUGGGACAGCAGGUAG